ACUCCUGUCGUCCGUCAGUGGAGCUCAGUUAGUAGACAGUCGGUCCGCCCUGUCAGCUGGUCUCGUCCAAUCGCGCGUUAACGUAGCUGCCGGAUGGUAAACCGAGCGCGGUAGACAAUAUAAACAGUCGGUCAAUCGGAGAGCCCUCGAUCGUAGUUUAUAAGGGAUCGAGUAGGUAUAAAAAAAGAGAAAGGGCAAAGUUAGUAAAGCGGCCCGCGCGCCGCAUGUGCGCGAGUGUGCAGCUUCUCCACCGGAAACACCAACGACACGGUGCGAGGGAUCGGUGUACGCGAGGAAAACGAAAACGAAGGAGAGGCAGAAGAAGGAGGAGAAGGAGAAGAAGGAAGUGAACGAAAAAGAAAAGGAGUCGCGCUUUCUUAAAUAAAAAUAAGAAAUAAAAGGGAGAAAAUAAAAUAAGAGAAGCGAAAGGAAGGAAGGAAGAAAGGAAGGAAGGAAGGAAGGAAGGAAGGAAGGAAGGAAGGAAGGAAAGAAGGAAGAAAGGAAGGAAGGAAGGAAGAAAGGAAAGAAAGAAGGAAGGAAGGAAGAGAAGAGUUCGACCGGUCAGGCAGGAAAUGACUAUAUCGUACGCGAGCGAAGUGCCAAACGGCUCCAGCUUUGGCUGUUUCUGGAGGAUCCUGGUCAAAUGGCGGGGAUCGGUUUACAAACUAAUCUGGCGGGAAUUACUGGCCUACCUCUUCGUUUACUACCUCAUCAAUUUUACAUAUCGAUAUGCGCUCAACGAGCAGCAACGUGCAAUCUUCGAAAAGAUACGUUAUUAUUUCGGGAACUCGAGCGAAUCGAUUCCGAUGUCGUUCGUCCUGGGAUUCUACGUGAGUCUCGUAGUGAAGAGGUGGUGGGAGCAGUACAAGCUUUUACCGUGGCCGGACAAUCUGGCCCUCUUCAUCAGCGCCGCCAUUCCUGGAAACGACGAGAGAGGACGACUGAUGAGGCGGAAUAUCGUGAGGUAUGCCGUUUUGGCCUAUGUUAUCACCCUUCAGAGGAUCUCCCUGAGGGUUAAGAGACGUUUCCCGACUCUUCAGCACAUCGUCGAUGUCGGUCUAAUGAUGGAGUCGGAGAAAAAAAUCUUCGAGAUGAUGAACAAAAAAGCGGCCAUGUCGAAAUAUUGGAUGCCGCUCGUCUGGGCGACUAACAUCAUCAAUAGGGCAAGGAAAGAAGCUCUGAUCACUAGUGACCAAGUAGUGCAAACCCUCCUUGUCGAACUCAGCGACAUCCGGAAGAGGCUUGGCGCACUGAUCGGUUACGACACUGUUUGCGUUCCUCUCGUUUACACUCAGGUUGUUACGCUGUCGCUUUACGCGUACUUCUUCUCGGCUCUACUCGGUAGACAGUUUAUCGAACGCACUGAAGCGGGUGGUGGGAAAUACGAGGAACCGGACAUGUAUUUUCCUUUUUUCACGGCCCUACAGUUUUGUUUUUAUGUUGGAUGGCUGAAAGUAGCCGAGGUACUUAUUAAUCCUUUCGGCGAGGACGACGAUGAUAUCGAAUUAAAUUGGCUGAUAGAUAGACACAUUAAAGCUGGUUAUAUGAUCGUCGAUGAGAUGCACGAAGAGCAUCCUGAAUUAUUGAAAGAUCAAUAUUGGGACGAAGUGGUGCCUCGAGAUCUUCCAUAUACGGUAGCAAGCGAGCAAUAUCGACGAGAAGAACCAAAGGGUUCGGCGGAACAUUACAAGGUAAAGGACAGCGAUGCUCUCUACGCUAAUGUAAUGAUGGGAACACAAAUUCAUAGUCACGUGCAGCAUCGCAAGGUCCAUCAGGAUGACAUGUACGCAGAUUAUGAAAGCGUAGACACCCCAUUGGUGGAGCGAAGAAAGAAUUGGCUUCAACGGCAAAUCACGCGAAUGGGUUCCGUACGUAGUUCAUCGACUACUUAUAGCAGUGGAGGAGGUUUCUUUGCACGAAAUCGUCACAACAGCGUGUACAGUAGUCCUGAAACAGGAGGCUUGCCAACGACAACUAAUCCGAAUUUGAAAAUAUCGCUGUAUGACCGUCUCGUAGGUCGUAAAAGUAUCCGCAGCCAACGAAUGGGCAGGCAAGGUACGAUGACGAAGUUGAACUCGGUACCAGUAUCCUUGAAGAACAGGCCACGUAUACCGACCCCGGACGUAACAAAGGAGGUAGUCGAUCGUGAGCAGAGAUUGGCAUUGUCGGCGAGCAAUACGGCUAAUAUCGGUGCUGGCGUUGUUGGCGUUAUACCGGCGAAUGGUCAUUAUACUACUGAUUUACCGGUGGUCCAGGUGGUCCUGUCGCCGAUUCAGGAGACCGAGGGAACGCCAGCAAAUGCGAAAUCGGGUGCAGCUGCUUUGGCACAAGCGGUAUUGUCACCGACUUUAACUGGCGCCGGUUUGGUAGCACCUGUUACUCUAACGCCAGUAACUAUGAGCCAGCUGACGCAAUUAGGUUUGGUCACGACUACAUCAGCUUCUUCGUACAGACCCACGAACAUACAGAGCAAUAACACGAUACAGGCUACCUUGACGGAAGUCAACAGUAGCGAGGAGGAAGGUUCAGGAAGCGGAAGUUCCAGUAGUAGAAGCGAAAGUAUCACUGGUCAAGAAGAGAGAAGUACCCCAUUAAUCGGCGAUAAUACUAGUCCCGUAAUUAGUAACGGAAGUUCACCUACCUUCGACAGUUACAACGAUCGUUCUCCAAUUCUUAUGAAUCCAGAGAAACUGGGAUAUGUCGUAGCUUUACCAACUACACAAGAGACCCAUCUGCAAACUGCGAUAGAACCACGUGGCAGAAGAUCAGCCUCUUUACCUGGACCACCCGUUAUCCAAUUAAAGGAAGAUAGAAGCAUGUCCUUGCCCCAUUCUCCAGGUCUCCAACCGAGAGAAACUCGUGCAGCUUCUGUUUCAAGUAGACACGAUAAUCCUAAUUUAGACAGACUCGCUAUAAUUUCUCCAAAUCACGAUUUACGACCUAGAACCAAUAGUUUCGGUCAUGAACUCACGAGGAACAAUCAGCAGCGUAAUCAGGAGACCUCGAGGAAAAUAAGUAGCGCUUCUUGUAACAACGCUGCGAUCUCAACGGGACCAAUUGUACCAACCCAGACGACAGGCUCUCCUAGCAAAAGGGGCGAGGUCUAUGUUUGACCGAAAUUUGUUCUUAUCAGGAUCCUUCGUCUUUCCUCUUUAGCGUCUUCGUGACUAUUCCGCUUUCGCGAAUUAGAGUUCGUACGAGAAGAAGAUAAAAGAUAUUUCGAUCUACCUUUUCCAUUCGUUCACUAUUGUGAUGUAUUUCUCUUUCUUUUUUUCUUUUCGCUUUUUUUCUUGUACAUAGUACGACGUGGCAGGAGUCAAACCAUCGAAACUAUUUCAUGGACAAUAGCAUCGAUCGCGAGACUGCUUUUUACGGAUUUUUUUUAUUAUUAUUAUUAUUAUUAUUAUUAUUUUUAUCUUUUUCUUUUUUUUUCUUGUUGUUCUUCUUUUGUUUCUUUCUUUUUCUUUCUUUUUUUUUUUUUUUUCUUUUUGUUCCUCACCAAAUAUCACUUUUUAUUAAGGAAUUUUACUUUCACACACCCGUAGUCUCGUAGAUGGCGCGUCGAUUUCGAAAAUGACUUUAAAGAUCAAGUCGAUAUCCUGUAAAUACUAUCUAUUUGUGCAUAUAAUCUCUAGGAACACUCAACGGCAUAGUUUAAAAUCGAGCUAGAACUUUUAUAAUAUAAAUAAAAAUGAAAAAACACGUGUUGUUACGUUUAUGCGUGUGUGUAUGUGUAUAUCGCUGAAUCGUUACUAAAGUGCAAUCUCUCGUAUAAGUAUAAUGGUCUUUAAAAUAGAGCGAAAUAAAUUUCGUCAUCGGACUCGAUAGAAAGUACGAUGGUGUAUAUUUUUUGUUUUCACACGUGCAAUAUUGUACUAGAGUUAAUGUAGAAUGCAUUUUUAUCUUUGCCGUUUGAUAACUAUAAUAUUAAUUACCGAAACUAUAGUAUAAAUUAUCGAAAAAACGAACGCUGCGUAGAAUUUCGACGAGAACCGAUUAUUUUAGUUUUUUAUUAAAAUAAUUAAAGCUGACAAUGAAGCAUAAAUAGGAAAGGGCCUUUACUUUAAUUUUUACGAGCUUUUGUCAGUUAAAAAUUAAAGUAGGGCCAAAUCAUCGAUUGUAAUGAACCGUAAAAGUGUGAAUAUCAAUGCGUUGCAGUAUAGAAGUCAUCAACUAUGACAUAUAAAUCAAUGAAUAAAUAAAUAUAUAUAUAUAUAUAUAUGUAUAUAUAUAUAUAUAUAUAAUUUGUGUAUUUCGUCAUGUGUGAUAUGAAGUUUUAUACGAUAUUUAUAUUAUACGAUUUAUGAUGGGAUUGUAUCUAAGAGUAUGUAACGAUAUUCUACUAUUUACGGGCUAUUAACAUAUGCAAAACUUUAUGUAUGCCAUUGUAAAUAGGUAUGCGUUUUUCCAACCGAAGGAGAACGUCUUUUUCACGAUAAGAAGACAAUUGCCAUAUUUAUUCAAUGACGGUCGGCUCGAAAGUUUCGUAUACGUGAUACUAGAACAAUGAAUUUCUAUGCACUUCUUCGCGUAUGAUUAUACACGAAUGAUUAUGCCAUAUCGAAAUAUUGUAUAAAGCUGUUACAUAGUUGUCGAUGUUUUAUAGAUUCAUUCAUUCUAGAAAUCUGUAUAUGCUUUGUCGAAUGGCAAAUAUGUUUUUUUCGACUAAUAUAUAGAUAGAAAGAGUAUUAGUUUUUUCGAGAUCUACAAGAUCUUUGCGAGUACUUCAACAAUGAAAUAUAAGAUAUAGAAGAUGACAAAUAAUCCAACAUGAUAUAUAUAUAUAUAUAUAUGUAUGUAUGUUUAUAUAUAUAUAUAUAUAUAUAUAAUACACUUGUUUACGGUUUAAAUAGUCGUCUUUUAGUUUCACGAUGUAUUAGAAAAGA